AUGAUAAUGUUACACGACGCGUGGCCCUCCGCCUGGCCCAAGACCGAGAACUUCGAACUGGACGCUCUGUUCGGAGAGGUGAACAACAACUGUAUCAAAGUGCGGGGGUCGUCCAAUGGGAGCUCCUCGGCGAGGCUGGCGGCUGGUCGUGACUCGUGUGUGUGUUCAGAGGGCGAGGCGGAGUGCGGCGCGGCCGGCGCGGACAGUCCGCCCCCGCCGGCUCUCGGCUACGCCCCCGGCGAGGAGCUGUCUCCGUCCCACUCGCGCAGCUACCAGGAGCUGCGGCCGGCGCCCGCGCACGCUCACCCGCACGCGACACACGCACGCGACAUGCAGGCCUACGCGCACCUCGAGGAGAGCCUGUUCAAGCCGGCGGGGGGCUCCACGGACGGAGCCUACCUCCGCGGCCGCAGCCCCCGGCCCACGCCGUCCCCGGAGCGCCGCGACGACUACCGCGCGCUGCACUACGAGUCGUACGCGGGCGCUCCGCCGCCGCCCCCGCCGCCCUACACGCACGAACACCAUCAUCACGUCGACGGUGGGGGAGGAGGAGGUGGCAGUAACUCGGUGUACUCGCGGUGCUCCUACCCGACCUCCAGCUCGCCCUACUUCAACGGAGACAACAUCGGACAGACGCAGCUGUGGAGCUCCAGCGCCGCGGGUUCCCCUAACUAUGGCGGGGCCGGUGUGAUGGAGGAGUACAGCGAGGCGGGCGAGGCGGAGUCCCCGGGCGCUCUGCCCGCCUUCAGUCGGUUCGCUCCAGCCUUCGCCGCCGUCACUUCGCGGCCGUCCAUCGUGUAUGGAGCCAACACGCUCGCCUCCAACGCCUAUGGACAAUCUGACAUGUGGGGCCUCAACGGUGGACGACGGAACCACCUCUCAGCGGCCGCCAGCCUGUCAGCGAUCGACAUGGCGGAGGUAUUCACGGAGGGCAGAGAGUGCGUGAACUGCGGCGCCAUCGACACGCCGCUGUGGCGACGGGACGGCACCGGCCACUACCUGUGCAACGCGUGCGGGCUCUACACCAAGAUGAACGGCAUGAACCGGCCGCUGAAGCCCCCGCGCGGCGGCUGGUACGUCAGCGGCACGCGGCGCAGGCGCCGGCGCCCGCUCCCGACGUACGCAGGCUCGCCCUCACGACCUCCGCUCGACCGCCCCUCCCCCCCACCAACCACCCUCGCCCUCCCCGCGCCCGCGAGGAAUCCGCGCCCGAGCGUCCGCCUCGCGCGCUCCGUAGCGUGA